AUGCAACAUCUUUUCGCCAAGUACGAGAAAAGGCUCAAGUUGAACCAUAUCACUCGGAAGACGUGGGAAGAGGAGCAAACCUUCUCGCGCGUCGGAAAAGCUGUGUUCAAAGUUCCAAGACCACCCAAGCAUAAGAAGACAUUCCGCUGGGAAAUCCAGUCGCCGAGCAAAGAAGGCAAAGCUCCACGCCCAUAUACGGUGAAAUGGACUCCACACGUCGAGAAGCCACCAAAGAUUCCGGAGCAGAUGUGGAAUAUGAAGCGUUGUUUCCAACCCCGUCGUGAUGCACGUAUUUCUUUGGCCGAUGCUACUUUUCAGCCGGAGAAAAAGUUGAAUGUCCCAGAGCAAAUUUACACUGCUGUCAAUCCUCCUGAAAUCGCUGAGAAGGACCUUCGCCUUAUGGAAGAUUUGCAAUCUUUCUUCGAGAGCUGGGAUGAUGAUAAUUAUACCGAAGAUGAACAGGAGGAACUAAUGCAAAUGGCUGUCAUCGGGCGUGUCGAAGUCUAUCAAGAGGUUUACAAGCAAACAUCGAACCCGCUUUACUUGGCCCGAGCUGUUUUUUUGAAGUUUCUGGACUUGGACCGUCUCACGGAUCUCCACAAGAUGUACCUGAUUCUCACUGAGGAGACCGAGUUUCCGAUGUGGUAUGUCGAAGGAGUUCUCCGCAAACACUAUGAAUAA